UGUUGACAGACGGCCAAUGACUAAGACCUUCCGGUUCUUUAACUAUACGGACAUAAAAAAAACUUUUAUUCCUUGCGAAUUCUUUUACGUUACGUAUCUGAUUUAUAAAAAUAAGAGUUAAAGUUUAUUUUUUUUUGCAUUCACCAUGGCGGUCUUACCUAGGCGGAUAAUUAAGGAAACACAACGGUUAAUGGCAGAGCCUGUUCCAGGCAUAAGUGCUAUACCUGAUGAAAACAAUGCCAGAUAUUUUCAUGUUGUUGUUGCUGGACCUGAAGAGUCACCUUUCGAAGGGGGUGUGUUUAAAUUGGAACUGUUUUUACCAGAAGAAUAUCCUAUGUCUGCUCCUAAAGUUCGUUUUAUGACAAAAAUUUAUCAUCCUAAUAUAGAUAAAUUAGGCAGAAUAUGUUUAGACAUUUUGAAAGAUAAAUGGAGUCCUGCUCUUCAAAUUAGGACUGUGUUACUUUCAAUUCAAGCUUUACUAAGUGCUCCAAACCCCGAUGAUCCCUUAGCAAAUGAUGUUGCAGAACAAUGGAAAAUUAAUGAAGCAGAGGCUAUAAAAACUGUGCUUUAUGAUGCAAUAAGAAAUGCUUUUUCAUUUUUCAAUGCUAUAAAAGUGGAAAUUUUAUAGAUUACCAUGAGCCUUUUUAAUAUUUUUCUCUUCAAGCUUUGUGGAACUUCUUUCCUGUUGAAUUUCCAUCCCUCCUUCAUUUUAUUUACGUAAAAUAAUCCAUAUGCAUGAGUUUCUAAGUUCAAGACUGUAGUAUUUAUUUAUUAAAUAUCUUUAAUUAUAAGAUUUUAAAUCUUGCAUGAUCCAGAAAUAAUUUAUGCUUUGUGUUCUAUUUCAUUUAAAUGCUUUGGUGAUAUUUUUUUAUAUCCAUUUUGAAUUUGAAAGAUUUUUUUUUUUUAUUUUUGUUUGAAAUGAUAUAUGUUAGAAUUCAGACGUUAAAUAUUGACAGUUAUCGAUAAUUUUUACAAUUCUGUUGCAUUACUUCUAAUUUAAGUUUGAUUUUAAUACUUAAAUGUAUAUGUAUGUCCUUGUCUCAGCUUAUUUAUUUAUGUAUGUAUCCGUAGAAAUUGACUAGCUUUGUUGCUGACAGCAUUUACUAGAUAUGUCCAAUACUUGUUUUUAAGCACCAACUAUAUUAAUAAAUUUAUGAAUUUUAUUAAAAUUUGUGAUAUUAGUUUUGAUUUGUUUGGGUGUUUCCCGUUGUUGUGGCAAGAUGUACAAAUAAUGAUUAACUAUUAUCUGAAAAUAUGACCACAUCAAACUGUUAGUUUUAUUAUAUGAAUAUAAAUAGCAUUUGUCUGAGAAACUAAAUUUUAAUGAAGUUUGUUUUGUCUUUAAGUUCAGUUGCAAAUAUCAUCAGCUCUGAUAAUCAGUUUCAUCAAAUAGCAGACAUUCAGAUAAUAAAGUAUUUCUUCUUA